AUGUCGUCUAAUAAUGGCAAGAAAAAGUUUUUAAUAGAUCUCUCUUCAUUUUUGACAUUAAGUAAAAUGACAAAGGUGAUUGGAAAUAAUGUAUUAAGGAGAGCAUCAUAUAAAUCUUGCUUAGACGAAUAUGAUUCAUCUAUAAUUGAUGUCAUUGCAA